AUGCGUAAUCCUCCAGUUCUGUCUACUCCAGAACCGAAUGAGAAACUCUUUCUAUAUCUCGGGGUGUCCAGUAUAGCAACCAGUGCCGUUCUGAUCCGUUGCAAAGAGGGCAAGCAAUUCCCGGUGUUUUAUGUUAGCAAGACAAUGUCUGAACCAGAGAGAAGGUACUCUGGGGCCGAACGAAUGAUCUUGUCGCUGGUUAACGCAAAAAGGAAGCUUAGACAUUAUUUUGAAUCUCAUCCAAUCGUCGUUUUAACAACUUUCCCUCUGAGAAUGAUCCUGCACAAACCGGACCUGUCAGGGAGAGUGACCAAGUGGGCAAUUGAAUUGAGUUCAUUUGAUAUCGCGUACGAGCCUAGGACGGUAAUCAAAGGUCAAGCGGUGGCGGAUUUCCUACUUGACUGUGAUGCUGAAGAUACGGUGGAGGAUUAUAAUUGUUCCUGGUGGAAGCUUUUCGUGGACGGCUCCUCGAAUCAAAUGGGAGCCGGGAUUGGAAUUCAAUUGCAAACACCAGAAGGAACUACACUGAGCCAAGCGAUAAGACUAGAGUUCAACGCGACCAACAAUGAGGCAGAAUACGAGGCGUUGAUAGCUGGGCUGAAGUUGGCUAAAGAACUGAAGAUCAAGAAUCUGAUGGCUUAUAGUGAUUCACAACUAGUCAUUCGACAAGUCAAUGGGGACUAUGGGGCCAAGGAUGAGACCAUAGAAGCAUACCGAACUGCGGUUCUGCGUGAGGCGAAAGCCUUUGAUCAGAUCAGGUUUAUCCAAUUGCCGAGAGAGUAUAACGAAGAUGCCGACCGCUUGGCUUGUAGUGCAUCCAGUUCUGGAGAUACUUUAGCUAGGGUCAUCCCGGUCGACAUACUGAUCCAACCUUCCAUUUUUGAAGAACUGCCUAAUCCGAGCACUCAACAUGUUAAUGUUAUACCAUAUGAGCCGAGCUGGAUUGAUCCAAUCAUGGCUUACAUACGUAGUGGUACACUCCCCGAGCGUAAGGACGAGGCAAGAAGAAUUAGGUCCAGCGCAGCAAAGUAUGCCAUUGUGCAUGAUCAGUUAUAUAGACGUUCCUUCUCAGGUCCAUAUUUGAAGUGUGCUACCCCUACAGAAGCUAGACAGAUUAUGCGAACCAUUCAUGAAGGAAGGUUCAGGUCAUUGAUACAUCAACCACCUGAAGACCUGCACGUAAUGGCCACCCCAUGGCCUUUCGCGCAGUGGGGGAUGGACGUGGUUGGCCCUUUGCCGACUGCAAGAUCGCAGAAUAAGUACGUUCUGCUAGCUACUGAUUACUUCACCAAAUGGGUAGAAGCAGAGCCGUACCCUAGUGUCACCCAAACUCAAGUAAGACGCUUCAUCUGGAAUAAUAUUAUCUGUCGUUUUGGCGUACCAAGGUUAAUCGUGAUGGACAAUGGAACCAACCUCGAUAGCAAGCAAGUGAAAAAACUGCUGGAGGAAUAUGGAAUCAAUCAGAAGUUAGCAGCAGUCAGUCAUCCCCAGGCUAAUGGUCAAGCCGAAAUCACAAACAGGAUAAUAUUUGCUUGUAUCAAGAAAAAGCUGGAGAAUGAAAAAGGCAAAUGGUUAGAUGAGCUACCGAACGUCUUGUGGGCUUACAGAACAACCCCAAGACGGCCAACUGGAGAGAGCCCAUUCGCUAUGGCCUAUGGCACCGAGGCGGUGAUACCAGUCGAGCAUUUGGUACCAACUGUAAGGAGCUUGGCGUGGGAUCAAGAGCAGAAUGAUAGAAUGCUGAGGUUCAAUCUUGAUUUGUUGGAAGAAAAAAGGGAUGCGGCUGCAGUAAGGCUUGCCUCUUAUCAACAGACGCUUGUGAAUAGCCAUAACAAAAAGGUGAGGCACAGAGGUUUCGCUCUUGGCGAUCUGGUUCUGAAAAGGAAGGUGGGAAUAGUCAAAAAGAUGUUCUCCCCAUGGGAAGGUCCGUACAGAAUAGCAGAAGUCAUAGGGAAGGGGGCAUACGUCCUAGAAACUAUGACAGGAAGGGUAGUCAAUAAGCCAUGGAAUGCUACGUCUUUGAAAAGGUACUACUAG